GGAUGGAUAUGGCAUUGCCGCCAAGAAUCCGCAAGCUCGAGGAGAGCGUCGUCAACCGGAUCGCGGCGGGCGAGGUGAUCCAGCGCCCUGCCUCGGCUCUCAAGGAGCUCCUGGAGAAUAGCCUGGACGCCGGCGCCACUGUCGUCUCGGUCAUCGUCAAGGAUGGGGGAUUGAAGCUCAUCCAGAUCACGGACAAUGGGCAUGGGAUCCGGUAUGAAGACCUUCCUAUACUCUGCGAGAGACACACCACCUCCAAAAUCACUGCCUUUGAGGAUUUGCAAAGGGUUAGCACACUGGGCUUCCGAGGGGAGGCUCUGGCGAGUAUGACUUUCGUAGCUCAUCUCACUGUUACUACAAUGACUGAAGGCCAAACUCAUGGAUACAGAGCCUCGUAUAAGGACGGAGCGAUGGAAGGCGAUCCUCGGCCUUGCGCUGCUGUGAAAGGAACCCAAAUAAUGGUGGAAAAUCUCUUUUACAAUGUCACAGCUAGAAGAAAGUCUUUCAAGAAUCCAAGUGACGAGUAUGCUCGCGUUGUUGACGUGAUCAGCAAAUACUCGAUCCAAAAUCCGAAAGUCGGAUUUUCGUGUAAGAAGUUUGGUGAUGCACGAGCAGACGUGCAAACUCCUGGCAACACGUCGGCGUUGGAAGCAAUUCGAGCAGUCUAUGGACCUGGGACCUCUCGAGAACUUAUCGAAAUCAAAACCUCCAAGAACGAUUCCUCGGACUCUUUUGAGAUGAACGGUUACAUUUCGAGUGCAAACUACAGUGCCAAGAGAACAACCAUGAUUCUGUUUAUAAACGAUCGUUUGGUGGACUGUGCUCCACUGAAGAGGGCAAUCGAGGUUGUGUAUGCGGCUGUUCUACCAAAGGCAUCAAAACCGUACAUUUACAUGUCUAUUCGCCUUCCUUCGGAGCAUGUUGAUGUCAAUGUUCAUCCAACAAAGAAAGAGGUGAGCUUUUUAAAUCAAGAGUCGCUUAUAGAAGCAAUCCAAACAGCAGUCGAACAAGAACUUUUGCAGUCUAACAAGUCUCGGACGUUUUAUGCUCAGACUUCGCUUGAAGCGGCAUUUCUGCCACAAGGACAGCCUAGGAGUCAAGCAGAGAAUAAAAGCUCUCAAAAGGCACCUGUUAAUAAGCUUGUGAGGACGGACUCGCAAAGCCCCGCCGGACGAAUGCAUGCUUUCCUUGCCAGUGGAGCGGAGCUUAAAAAUGAUUUAACAGCCAUGCGGCGAAUUGUAAGGCAACGACGGCACUCCAACGAUACUUCUGGCUCAUCUUCUGGCUCGUCUGCAGUCGAACGUAUGCUUGCCGCUGUCGAUACAGAGACACAUUCAGGCCUGCUCGAAAUCAUAAGGCACUCUACGUUUAUUGGAAUGGCGGACGAUGUCUUGGCGUUGAUCCAACAUAAGACGAGGCUUUAUCUUAUGAACUGCUUGACUCUGAGCAAAGAGUUGAUGUACCAACAGGCACUCGUCCGGCUUAGACGUCUAAAUGCACUCCGGCUCAGCAAUCCUGCGCCAGUGUAUGACUUAAUAGUCAUGGCUUUGGACGAGGAGGAACAGUGUGGGAACUAUCAUGCUACAGAUGGAUCUAAGGAUGGAAUAGCUCAGGUUUACUGUAACCAGAUUUUAAAGCGUGCUGAGUUUUUGCGAGAGUGUUUCUCGAUUGACAUUGACGAUAAUGGGAACGUUUGCACACUUCCCUUGAUCGUGGAGCAGCAUACGCCGGACAUGGACAGGCUCCCUCUUUUCGCCCUGCAUCUUUCGAAAAGCGUCGAUUGUGAUGUAGAGGACGAGUGCUUUGAAGCGGUAGCAAGGGCGCUUUCGGAGUUUUACGCUCUUCACCCUCCCUUGUUACCGAGACCUUCAACCAAUCCUCCGGGUAAGAGCUAUGAAAACUGUUAUCCUUUGUCACAGCUGUGCGCAGAAAGUAAUGAAACCGAAAUGGACGAAGAUGUCGGUUUGGAAGCAGAAAGCAAAUGGUCCCAGAGAGACUGGACGAUUCAGCAUGUACUCUUUCCAGCCAUGAAGCUGUUGCUAAAACCACCGGUAAGGAUGGCGACUGACGGUACUGCACUCCAGGUCGCGUGUCUAGAAAAUCUGUACAAAAUUUUCGAGAGGUGCUAAGGUAAACUAAGUAAGAGGUUUAGAAGUUGGUCAGGGGUUCCCAGCAUCUGUUUCAGUGAACAUCUAAAUUUUGGUUUGAUUGUACUUGUGUAGUUGUCGUUUUUCCAAACAAAAACUGAUACUUCCCAUAA